AUGUGUAAAGUUAUUUAUGGUAAAGAUGAAAUUUCUUCAAAAUGUAAAUUAACUGUAAAAAAAGAUAACAAAGAAUUGGAUGACUCAACAUUAGACAGUACUGAAAUUCCAAAGUUCCAUCUUCUUCUUAAAGAUACAAUAGUUAAAGUUGGGGAACCAAUUGUUUUAUGUGUAACUAAUACUACAAUACCUGAACCUGAUAAUGUAGAAUGGUAUAAAGAUAAUGAUAGAAUAUAUCCUGAUAAUAAAAAAUACUUUGUUAUGAGAGAUAAAGGGAGAUAUAUAUUAGAAACAUUAAAUGCAGAAAUUACUGAUACUGGAAAUUAUAAAGUAAUUGGAUUUAAUAAAAAUGGAAAAUGUACCUCAAGUUGUCAGGUAACUGUAACAGAAGUUGAUUUAUCAUCACCUCCUGAAUUUACUGUUCCAUUAAUGAAUGAAAAAUCACAGGAAAAGAAAUUUGUCAAAUUUGAAGUAUAUUUAAUUGGAUCACCAUCUCCAACAGUCAAAUGGUAUAAAGAUGACAUCCCUAUAAUUCAUAAUGAUAGAAUCAGAAUAAUAAAUGAUGAAAGAUUAAGAAAGUUUUCAUUAACAAUUCUUGAUACCAAAAAAACUGAUGAAGGUAAUUAUAAAUGUAUUGCUUCAAACAAUGUUGGAGAGGUUGAAACAAAUUGUUUUCUUGAAAUUCAAGAAUCAAAAUAUGUACAACGGCAAGAGACCAAUGCAUUAGCACCUACAUUUAUAAUGCCAUUACCAGUCAUUCGUGAACUUCCUGAAAUGGUUGAAGUGUCACUUAUAUGUGUUGUUACUGGAGAGCCACAACCUUCUAUAAGGUGGUAUAAAGAUGGGCAGUCGUUAGGUCAACAUAUUGAGACAACAUUUCAAAAUGGUGUUGCUUCAUUAAUUAUAAGAAUACCUGAAAUAUCUGAUUCUGGUGUAUAUACAUGUGAAGCAAUUAAUGAUAUGGGUGUUGCAAAAUGUUCAGGAGUAAUUAAUAUACAAGAAUCAAAUCGAAUUACUUUAGUUCCACCUAAAUUUGUUGAACCAUUGACAAAUACUUCUGUUAUAGAAGGAAAUGAAAUUGUUUUAAAAUGCCAAUUAAUUGGAAAACCUGUACCAUUUAUCACAUGGUAUAAAGAUGGUUUAAAACUUUUAAUGAAUAAUAGAAUGCUUCAGUAUGUUGAUAGACAUGGAAAUGUUAGAUUUAAUAUUCUUCAAGCUAGAUUAGAUGAUAGUGGUGAAUAUACAUGUGAGGCACAAAAUCUUGAUAAAAAAAAUAAUUUAAAAGAUUUUACUCAUUGUACUGUUACUGUUAAUGAAAGUGAACUUACAAUAUUAAGUGCUUCACCAGCUGUUUUAAAUAGAAAUAAUAAAGUUACAAAAUCAAGUAGUUCUGGAAAAUUAAAGAAUACAUCACCACCAGUAAUUUUAAGAAAACCUUCACCAAUAACUAAAAUUCAUGAAGGUAAUAAAGAAUUAAUAGAAGUAGAAAUUAAUGAGGAUAGUAAUGCUAAAGUAGAAUGGAUGUUUGAAGAUAAACCAUUUAUUGAAUCAAACACCGUUAGAACAUAUUUUGAUGGUAGAAUUGCAUUUUUAAAAUUCUUUGAAGCUAAUAAAUUUCAACAAGGAAUGUAUAAAUUUAUUGCAACAAAUGAAUAUGGAAGUACCUCAAUUGAAACUGAAGUUGUUAUUGAAACAAUGAAAAGUGAACAUAAUUAUAUAUCUAAAAUGCCUUUAUUUACAAAAAAACUUGAAAAUAAAAUUGUUAAUCUUCAUGAUAAAGUAACUUUAGAAUGUUACAUAAAUAGUACACCUGAUACAAUUGUAAAAUGGUUAUUAAAUGGUAAAACAUUACACUCCUCUCCUAAUAUAGAAUUUCAUAAGUAUUCUAAAGAAACAGAAUCAUUUUAUGGAGUUGAAUUUAAUGAUAUAACAGAAGAAGAAAUUGGAACUAUAACAUGUGUUGCAAUAAAUAAAUAUGGUGAAUGCUACAAUUCAUGUGAAAUUAUUUUAAUUAAUGAAAAGUUAGAUAAUACCAAAAUUGAUAAAAAAAAUAUUUUACAACAAAAACCAGUAGUAGUUGAAACUUUAAAAGACCAAACAGUUUAUGUAGGUGAUAAUGCAACAUUAAAUUGUACAAUAGAAAAUUUAUUAAGUACCAAAAUAUCAUGGUUUAAAAAUGGUGCAGAAAUAUUUUCAUCAAGUAAACAUCAAUUUGAAUUUAGUGAUGGUGGAAAAAUUACACUAAAAAUUAAUAAUUGUGAUAAAAAUGAUGAAGGUUUAUAUGUUUGUUCUGCUUCUAAUGAUAUUGGAAAUGAAGUAACAAAUUGUAAUUUAUUUGUUAAAAAUAAAUCAAAUGAUACAAAAGAUUUAUUAUCACAAUCACUAUAUAAUGAAGAUAGUGGAAUAUUAGAUGAAAAAGUUUUUCCACCAAAAUUUACCAGAACACCUCUACCAAAUAUAAAUAUUGGAGAAGGUAAAAAACUUGAUGUAAUUGUUAAAGCAGUUGGCAAUCCAGUUCCACAUAUUUCAUGGAUGAAAGAUGGAAAAUGUUUAACAAGAUCAAAUAAAAUUUAUCAAACACGUUUAAUUGGUAAUGGUGAAGCUGUCCUAACAAUUGACUGUCCUGUAUUAAAAUCAUCUGGAGCAUUUACGUGUAUUGCUGAAAAUAUUCAUGGAAAAGAGACAUUUGAAUUUAAUAUUAUUGUUACUAGAUCUGCUUUUGACUUAACAUCUGAUAUUGAUGAACCACCAAAGUUUGUCAAAGAGUUAGUUGAUGUUGGAGUUAUAAAUAAUGAUUCUAUAGAACUUGAAUGUGAAUUAACAGGUUUCCCUGAACCAUCAGUAGAAUGGUUAUUUAUUAAUGAUAAAAAAGUAACAAAUAAAAUUGAUCCAACAAAAGGAACAUGGGAAGAAUCAAGAAUACAAAAUAAAGUAAAACUUUCUAAUGAAUGUAUAACAAAAAGUCAACAAGGAACUUAUCAAUGUUUAGCAAUAAACAAAAAUGGAACUGCUCUAACACAAUGUUAUGUUCUUGUUGGAGAUAAAAUUGAUGAAAUGGCAAAACCACCAAAAAUAAUUAAAAAACUUCAAGAUAAAAUAUGUUCAAUAGGAGAUGAUGUUGAAUUUGAUAUUGAAUUUGAAGGUUACCCAUCUGUAGAUGUAUUAUGGUAUAAAGAUGGCAAUAAAAUAACAGAAAAUUUAAAUUGUCAAAUUCAACUUAUUGAUAACAACAAAAGUAAAUUAAUAAUAAAAAAUAUUACUCUUGAUGAUUUUGGAAUUUAUGGUGUCAGUCUAACAAACACUCAUGGUCAAUUAGAACAUGUAUGUUGUUUGAAAUUUGGAAAUAAAUCAGAACAGGCAAAUGAUUGUGAAAAUAACUUUUUGCAAGAUGAUGAAUUUUUAAACAAUAGCACAAUUAAAAUUUGUCAAACAGAAAAAGGAGAAAAAAUUAUAUCAAGUAAAAUGAAUAGACAAAAAUCUCGGGAUCUUGUUCAUUUAAAAAAAGGAACACCUCCAACAUUUAUUGUUGGACUUUCUGAUAUGAAUCUUAAAGCUGGAGAUUGUGCUGCUGUUACCUGUAAAUUGGCAAAUAAAAAAGUCAAAAAACGACAUCAUAGAGAUAGAAAUUAUGAUGAAUCAAAAGAUGAAAUAAAUGUAGAUUUUAAUGCAACAUAUUUUGAUACCACAAAAGAAGAAGGAAAUUCUGAAGAAGUAACUAAUUUGGAGACUACUUCAAAAACACUUGAUUUCCAAAAUUCAUCAGUAUUAGAAGAAAUAAGACGAAAUAUCUUAUUGAGAAACAAAAAAAAGUGUAGACCAAAGUUUUUUGUUAAACCUAAACCAAAGAAAGUUUUAGAUGAAUUUAAAUCAUUAAGACUUAAAUGUGCCAUAAGUGCAAAUCCAGCAGCAGACGUUAACUGGGACAAAAAUGGAACAAUUUUGGAGUCAGGAAAUAAAUUUUCUAUCUAUAAUGAUGGAAAUUUUUAUUAUCUUGAAGUUCAUAAUCUUUCAACAUUUGAUGGUGGAUUUUAUAACUGUUCUGUUGUUAAUUCAGAAGGUUUCACAUCUUGUAGUAGUGAAAUUGUAAUUCAACCUGCAUCUGAUGAAAAAAGAUUAAAUUUUAUUAGUAAAAAAGGAAAGAAUUUUUCUAAACCAGUUUUUGAGGAGAAAUUUUCAGAUCAAAUUAAUAUUGAAACAGUUGAGGAAUUUUCACUUGAAUGUAUUAUAUCAGGAUAUCCUGUUCCUGAAAUUAAAUGGUAUAAAGAUGGACAUGAAAUUGUACCACAUAAAAAUCAAUUUAAAAUAUCUUAUGAUGGUGAACAUUCAUCAUUAUUAUUUUUAAAAAUUGAUCCUUCCAAAAAUGGUAAAUAUAUUUGUAAAGCUACAAAUUCUGAAGGUUCUACAUAUUGUAGUACAAUAAUUAACGUUGUUGAAAAUAUGGCACCUGUUAAAGAAGAAAAGAAUGAUGUUGAACCUAAAUUUAAAUGUCCUUCAUCUGUUGUUAAAUGUACUGAUGGCAGUGAGGUAAAAUUAAUUGCCAUACUUGAGAAAGGUUCUGAUCCUUUAGGUUAUCAAUGGAUUCAUAAUAAAGUUGCAAUUCAAGAUUCAUCAGCUUUUAAAUAUUCUAGAGAGGGUAACAAUUUGAUUCUCACAAUUAAAGAUGCAUUUCCUGAAGAUUCGGGUAUAUAUACAUGUAUUGCACAAAAUUCAGUAGGUUAUGAUACAACAAAUAUUGAAUUAAAAAUUGUUGAACAAUUUUCAAAAACUUAUGACAUUGAAGAUAAACCAUCUAUAAAACCUUUAACAAAAAAAUAUACAUUUAAAGAAGGAUCAGUUGGUGAGAUAAUAUUUAAUGUUUCUGGAAAUCCUGAACCUGUAAUAUCAUGGUUAAAUAAAAAUAAACAACAAAUAUUAGCCUCAUCAAAAUAUGAAAUGAUUUGUAAAGGAAAAGAUUUUAUUUUAAGAAUACAUAAUAUGUCAACAGAAGAUAAUGGUAUUUAUUACUUGAUAGCAGUUAAUACUGUUGGAACUACAAUUGAAAAAGCAACAAUAAAUGUUGCUCCAAAAUCAACAACUACAGAAAAUGAGACUGUUCCUUGUUUUGUAAAAAAAUUAAAUGAUUUUUAUAAUUUUGAUAUUGGAAAAGAAAAUAUAAAAUUAACUGUUAGUUAUGAUGGAAACCCUGAACCUGAUGUUCAUUGGUAUAUUAAUAAUGAAAAAAUUAGAACUGUUGACUUAAGUUACAAAAUAAUUACCUAUAAAAUGAAAUCAACAUUAACAAUUCUUAAAUUUGAUAAGGAUUGUGUUGGUGAAUAUCUUUGCAUUAUAAGAAAUAAAUGUGGCGAAGAUUUGUCAAAAUGUAUUGUAAAAAUUAAAGAUGUAUUAAGUGAUGAAAAAGUUUUACGUAAAAGUUCACUAAAACUUGGAACAAAACCAGUAAUCAGUAGAAGAUAG